UCCUCCACGCUUCACCGUGACAGAAGCUUCGGCUGGGGGUCAUGGAGCUGGGGCUCUCCACGGGGGGCCCCCAGACUCUCAGAGCUCCGCCCCUGGAUGAGCGGAGGGGCGGCGGCGGCCGGCGGCGGUGGGGACAAACCAGGCAAAGUGAGAUGCUCCCGCAGACUGUGGCUCCUCCUGGGAUCGCUGGCGCUCGUCUUCCUCACCUCGCUGUUCCUGUCCGUGUCGCUGCGCGGCGGCGUCAGCUUCGGCUACCUGGAGCCGCCCGGAUGGGAGGAGUCCAGGCGGGUGAAGCUGGUGCCCAGCUACGUGGGCGCGCACCGGCUGUCGCCCCCCGAAACGCCCCAGCAGAAAACAUGUGCCUGCAACAGCUGCGUCGGAGACCCCGGAGUCUCGGACUGGUUUGACGAAAACUACGACCCGGAUAUUUCUCCGGUCUGGACCAGGGACAACAUCCAGCUGCCGCCGGACGUCUACUACUGGUGGGUGAUGUUGCAGCCGCAGUUUAAACCCCACAACAUCCAGCAGGUGCUGCUGAGACUCUUCCAGGUGAUUCCCGGACGGUCGCCAUACGGCUCGUGGGAUCCGGGGCGCUGCCUGCGCUGUGCCGUGGUGGGAAACUCCGGAAACCUCCGCGGCGCCGGAUAUGGGGCGGCCAUCGACGGGCACGACUACAUCAUGAGGAUAAAUCUGGCCCCCACUGUGGGCUACGAGGACGACGCCGGCAGACGCACCACGCACCACUUCAUGUACCCAGAGAGCGCCAAAAACCUGGCGGCCAACGUCAGCUUUGUCCUGGUUCCCUUCAAAACGCUGGACCUGGUCUGGAUCACCAGCGCUCUGUCCACCGGCCAGAUCCGAUUCACUUACGCUCCAGUGAAGCAGUUCCUCCGUGUGGAUAAAGACAAGGUUCAGAUCUUCAAUCCGGCUUUCUUUAAAUACAUCCAUGACCGCUGGACCAGGCAUCACGGCCGAUACCCUUCCACUGGCAUGCUGGUCCUGUUUUUCGCUCUUCACGUCUGCGAUGAGGUGAACGUGUUUGGCUUCGGCGCUGACAGCCGAGGAAACUGGCACCACUACUGGGAGCAGAACCGGUACUCCGGAGAGUUCAGGAAGACGGGUGUCCACGAUGCGGACUUCGAAGCGCAGAUCAUCAAGCAGCUGGCCAAGGCUGGAAAAAUCACAGUGUUCACUGGGAAAUGACCAGAAAAACGUUGAUCAGAAAAACGGAUGUCAGUUUGGAUCCAAGUUGGAAUAAAAGCAAACUGGAAGAGAGUACGAUUUUACCGACGGGGUUCGACGAGCAAAACAUUUUCCUCUUUGGGAGUCGAGACUCCAAUGAGUCUGGAAGGUAAAAAUCUUUCACCUUUAUUGAGGAAAACAGGAAAUCAUGGUGGAACAGCAGGAUCAAUCAGAAAAAGAUUAGUAAGGAUUAUUAAACCCUGACACGAACUAUCCUUCACAUCCAUUCUGCAUCUCAGAGGCCGUCGUGUGACUUUGUUUUCCAGCCGUGUGGGAGUAUUUUGCUGACAAAGAGCUGUCCUUUAGAAUCAAGAUCGUGUUUUUGAUUUGCCUUAAAUUCUCUUUGAGGUGAAACAUCCUCGGCACCGCCACACAGCUGUAAGGUCUUCACAAAGCGGAUUGGUAAACAGCGAUGAGAUCGGCUUUAUCGGAUUCGACUCUCCCUCACGAAGCCCCCCGGCUCUUCUGUUCACAGAAACACGUUCAGGAUUUCAGCACCUGGAGGCCCUGGUAGAGGAGGCCAUCUUGACUGCGUUCUGAUCCGGUCCAUCAAGGUUUCAUUUGGAAGAUCUUUGCUCAAAUGUUGCUUACAGACCAGAUUAUGACCCUAAAUAAACCCGUCGCCUUCACUGAGCACUCGACCCAGUCCCGGCCCGGCCCUUUAGGAGGCGGAGCCAGCCAGCGCCUUAGCCUUCACCUCUGAUGGCGACGUUUGUUUGAUCUGUUAGAUUUACGCUCAGACUGGAUUUUCUUUCCACUUCUGCCAUGGCCGUUGUGUUUGUUACCCAUCAUCAUGAAGAAAACAACAAAAUCAGUAGGUUGGUGUUGGAAUGUCAGAAAGAGGAAUGCGUUUUGAAAUUCCACCAUAAACAUAAAGUUUUGUUUUUAUACAGGCUUCUUUAGGUUUUUUAAUCAGACAAGUUUCAACUGAUAUGACCAAAGUAAAUACAAGAAGCAGUUUUGAAAUAAUGUUUUCAUCUAUUAACGAAAAGAUCUCUAAAACUAUCUGUUGUAAACUGAACCCGACUGUUUGUGGCAACAGCUUCGGGAUUUUGCCUUGCUGCGGAGCACCUUGGGUUUUAAAUUCAGAAACAUUGGAGGGUUUUCAAGCAUGUUGCUAUGGUAAUAAAAUAUGUUAUUUAGUAAAUGUGAGAUAUGCCUUUGUGCUGCGUUUGGUCAGCAGUAGUUUGGGCCUUACAGGUUUCUCACGGAUGCCGUUUUUGUCUGGUUUCUCUUUCAUUAGCUGUGUUUCUAUUAAACGUGUAAUUGCGUAAAUUGAAAUUACAUAAAUAAGCUUGCUUAAUGCAGACGCGCCAAUUUUGAUAAAACGUUUUCAGUUAGGAUUAGAUGUUUGGUUUGGCUGCUGUGGAAUAUCUCAGCACACUUGAAAUCAGACAAUAAUACCAACGUAUUAGUAACUUUUCAGCAAGAUAUAACAGCUUGUUUUAAGUCAGUAAUUCCUUCAUAUUGAUGAAAAAGAUUAUUUCACUUAUGACAUGAGGAAAAUGUCAUGUUAAAAGUGAAAUAAUCUGCCAGUUGAACUCGCACUAUUUCAUCAAUACUUUUGAUGAAUAUUUACACUUGAAACUAGACCAAAAUUACUUGGUAGGAUUUUGUGUUUUUGCAGUGCAGAAUGAUUCUACUUUCAUUUUUUUUUUUCUUUAUUCUACUGAUAUCUAUCAAAGUUGGGCCUGGAUAGAUGUUUUUUUCUCUUUAAUAAAUGAAAUUAUCAUUUGAAAAA